UGAAGGGUUAAACAUUUUCAUCGAACCAUCUUGACGUCACUUCUUGUGAGAAUUUGUCAUAAACAAACCAGAUAUCAUGGAUGAUACCUUGUUCCAACUCAGAUUUACUACCAAGCAGUUAGGGAGGUUAGCUACCAAGGCUGAAAAAGAACAAAAGAAAGAACAAGCAAAAGUUAAAAAGGCAAUAGCACAGAAAAAUAUAGAAGGAGCUCGAAUAUAUGCUGAAAAUGCAAUUAGAAAGAAGAAUGAAAGUUUAAAUUAUUUACGAAUGGCAGCAAGAGUAGAUGGCGUGAGCUCCAAAGUACAGACUGCAUUAACAAUGAAAGGGAUAAUGAAGAAUAUGGAAGGUGUAACAAAAGCAUUAGAUAAAGCCAUGUCAUCUAUGGACUUGGAGAAGGUAGAAACAGUAAUGCAGAAAUUUGAGAAACAGUUUGAAGAUUUAGAUGUCAGAACUUCUACAUUGGAAAAUUCUAUGGGAGCAGCAAUGACCAUGUCAACACCUCAGGAUCAAGUAGAUCAAUUAAUACAGCAAGUAGCCGAAGAGGAAGGCCUAGAAAUGAUAGAUCAAUUAAAAGACCUCAAUCCCAGCACAUCAUCUAUCAGUUCAUCUAAAACAACAGAACACCAAAAAGAAGAUGAUUUAUCAAGAAGAUUGCAAUCCUUAAGGAAUUAAUCAUGGACUGUUGAACAUAGUUCAGUCUUCAUACUAUUUAUACUGUUGCAUGAAGGAUAAUGAACAAUAAUCAUAUCUGAAUACAAUGUAUUUAUUUCAUAUACCUUUGUGUGAUAAUAUUAAGGGAUACAAUUUCACAGCCAAGUAAAAACAAAAUGUUGCUGUGUAUGAAAGAGUGUUAUCUUUUUCUGACAUGAUCUUACAUUAUUUUGUAUCCCAUGAAAACAAAUGACACAAGAGAUGAUUGCAAUUAUCCUUUUUGGAAUUUGAAUGAAAAAAAUGAAUUUGAAUAUGGUUGGUUUGAAGAAUGUCAGUUUUGUGUAUUAAAAGUAAAGUAUUGGGUAUGAGCCAUGGCUGAUGAGUAAUUAUGGAUCAAAGAUUGGAAAUCAGAUCAGUUUUUAGAGAUUUUAAUUUUUCUAAAAUAAUUUCCUCUAUGUAAAAAAUAUUUAUUACAAGUACUAAACUAAUAUGGUUACAUCUGGAAAGCAAAUCUCAUUAUAAUUAACAAUCAAAGGAUAUAUAAAAACAUAUCAUAUUUUUAUUUAGAAGGAUUUUGGUUGGAAUGGGGGUAAAUUUUCCCUUUUUCAGUUAUAUCAUACUUUGUGAAAAGUUGAUGCUAAAAUUGAAAAAAAAGCUUGAAAUCAAAAUGAUUUUUUUUAAGUUGCACUAAAAUUUUAAUGUCCAAUCAGUGCAGAUGGGGAUAAGAAUGUAGCAUUUUUUUUUAUAUGGUGCGAUUAAAAAAAGGGAAUUGAUAAAAUACAAUUUUCAGAUCUAAUUUGAAAGACUAAGAAAAUAAAUAAAAAAUGUUGUGUCUUAAAUUUUAAUUUA